AUGGUGGAGACCAAGUGUAUACAUGUGGAUCGCGCACAAGCCGCAGCUGCGCAAGAUGGUGAUACCAAACUUGCGUCGGAUCAUUGGCAAGCUUUGAUCGCUCUUCACCGAACGCUAUUACAUGAGCAUCAUGACUUUUUCUUAGCUAGUCAGCAUCCCUCUGCAUCGCCGGCUCUCCGACGUCUUGCCGCCAAAUACUCGAUGCCUGCACGCAUGUGGAAACAUGGUAUCCAUUCCUUCUUGGAGUUACUUCGGCGGCGUCUUCCUGACAGUAUAGAUUAUAUGCUGGCAUUCAUCUAUUUGGCGUAUCAGAUGAUGGCUUUGUUGUACGAAACCGUUCCAGCUUUCGAGGAUACAUGGAUCGAGUGCCUCGGAGACCUUGGCCGAUAUCGGAUGGCGAUUGAGGACGAAGAUGUCCGGGACCGUGAGACUUGGGCAGGCGUCGCGCGCUCUUGGUACACCAAGGCUGCCGAUAAGAAUCCUACUGUGGGUCGUCUAUAUCACCACCUCGCUAUCUUGGCACGACCAAAUGCUCUCCAGCAAAUGUACUACUACUCUAGGUCUCUGACCUGCGUCAAACCAUUCCAGAGCGCGCGAGAGUCAAUCUUGACUCUACUGGAUCCUAUUCUUGGUCGUGCAGGCGCACCUCUCACACAUGCCUUAGCGAUCGACACCAACUUCAUCAAAGCACACGGGCUGCAAUUCGAGGAGUCUUGUGUGGACACGGCUCAGGGGCAGAAGCAUCAGCAUACAACUGAGUUCAUGGACGCGAAGGCGGACUUCAUCGGAAACCUGGACAAUCACAUUGGUCGUGUGACAGCAAAAUGGAAGGAGCAGGGUGUAUACAUCGCGGUUACCAAUAUUGCCGGCUGGUUUGAAUACGGGAAAAACGACAAUCUUCUUCGCCAGAUUUUGCUGCUUCCGAUCUGGGGGAGAGCAGAAGAUCCUCAAAAGGCGACCGAAGACAAGAUUCGGAGUGCAUCUCCGGCUGACCAACAGAAUCCAAUGAAGCCUUUAAUUGCCUCGAGUAAGCCCGAAGAUAUUGAGCAGGAUAUUAAGAAGGCAAUGGACAAGUUCAAAGUCCUUCAGACCUUCAUCAACGCAAAAUCGAUCACGAGGGAGACGUUCGCUCUCGUACUCCGCCGCAUCGGCGACAAGAACGUGCUUCCUCACGUACACAUUAUGCUCGCUUUUCUUUCUAGCUUUGCUUCCAGUACAUACGUUUCCGAUCUCAUUGAGGACGCGCCUUGGGCCGAACUCGUUGCUUUCCUUAAUACGUUGGUCAAGACGGAGAACCAGAUCCAGAGUCAUUCACAAAGCCAUACGCCCAACAUCGAUACAAUACUGGCUUCCGGUGUAUUUCCUGGGGAGGGCGAGAGGGGCGACGAGCUGCCUUUGCCUGAGGAUUAUCUUGUGCGAGGCUUGAUCUGGGCAGACGAUUACUUUCCCAUCAAGUGGUUUGAGAGAGAGCAUGACGAAGAGGAGCGAUAUUUGGACGGCGCGACCCGCCUUCAGGUUCGUGACGACGGAUGCGGCCUCAUCGCACACGGACCCGGCCAAUGUGCCAUCGGUAAGAGGACACGCAGGCAGCCAGCCGUGUGGCUGUCGAGCAAGCAAUGGACCGUUGACUGUGUGCAGGAGGACGACAAGCCGUUCGAGAUCCGCCUCUCCGACGAGGCCUUUGAGACGUACGAGCUCGACCCGCCGCCGUACACAAUGAACGUCACCAAGAAGGAGCUCAAGAAGAUGUACUACGACAUGGUCGCCGUACGACGCAUGGAAAUGGCCGCCGACAGGCUCUACAAGGAGAAGAAGAUUCGGGGUUUCUGCCAUCUGUCCACCGGCCAAGAAGCCGUCGCCGUCGGUAUCGAACACGCCAUCGAGCGCGCCGACCAUCUCAUCACCGCCUACCGCUGCCACGGCUUCGCUCUGAUGCGCGGCGCAUCUGUCAAGUCCAUUAUCGGUGAACUCCUCGGCAGGAGGGAGGGCAUCGCGUACGGAAAGGGUGGCUCUAUGCACAUGUUUGCCCCCGGCUUCUACGGUGGUAACGGUAUCGUCGGUGCCCAGGUCCCCGUCGGCGCUGGUAUUGCCUUUGCCUGCCAGUACGAGAACAAGAAGAACGUCACCCUGGCUCUGUACGGAGACGGUGCUUCCAACCAGGGCCAGGUCUUUGAGGCAUUCAACAUGGCCAAGCUCUGGAACUUGCCCGUCAUCUUUGGCUGCGAGAACAACAAGUACGGUAUGGGAACCGCCGCUAACCGCUCAUCUGCCCUCACCGACUACUACAAGCGUGGACAGUACAUCCCUGGUCUGAAGAUCAACGGUAUGGAUGUCCUCGCCGUCAAGGCCGCUGUCAAGUACGGAAAGGAGUAUGCCGCCGCAGGCAAGGGUCCCCUUGUGUACGAAUACGUCACCUACCGUUACGGAGGACACUCCAUGUCUGACCCUGGAACCACAUACCGAACUCGUGAGGAGAUCCAGCGCAUGCGCAGUACCAAUGACCCCAUUGCCGGCCUCAAGCAGAAGCUCCUCGACUGGGGCGUCACUUCUGAGGAGGAGCUCAAGUCGAUUGACAAGCAAGCACGUUCUGAGGUCGACGAGGAGGUUGCCAUUGCGGAGAAGAUGGCUGUCCCCGAGGCUACUGGCAAGGUACUGUACGAGGACAUCUACGUCCGUGGUUCCGAGCCUGAGUUCCUGAGGGGACGCAUCCCAGAAGAGAACUUCUACUACACUGAACACGACAUGGGUGGUGAGAAGAAGCCUGUUGCCAGGACAGCAUAA